AUGGCGCAAGACGAGCUCACCAUCCUCAUACCCAAGGAACACUGGCCAAAGAAUGUCCUCCGCAUGCUUACGCCAUGCCUGCGGAAGCUUGGCGAUUCGCACGGCCACAUCAUCAUCGCUGCCCAGCCAGCCAGAGGCGCUCUGCUGCUCAAGGGUCCCAGCGAGAAGAUCGACGCGGCCAAGCCAGGUUUGCGUGCGCUCAUCGAGGAGCACUUCCCCGAGGCGGACAUCCCGGCAGAGCUGUGCAAGGAGUCCGAGCAACCAGAGGCUGAGGUCGAGGAGGCCGUUCAGACCGAUGCUUACGGUGACGAGCCCCUUGACGUGGAGGUGCCGGAGGCAGCGCCCGAAGCAUCACCCGCGGAGGCCGCAGACGCCACGCCGGCCGUGCCCAGUGCGGACUCUGCGCAGGGCCUGGCUGUGAAGGCCCUACAGCGAGCCUACAACACGAAGAGUGCCAGCGCACUGCGCAUCGCCCUUGGUGCCGCGUACGCGGCGGGCGUUGAUCCUGCGAGGUUGGAGGAGGCUGAGGGCUGGCUCAAGGAGCUCUCAGCAGCUGCAUCACUGGGCUCCGCGCUGCAGCGUGCCGAGAGCGUCGCGGAGAUUCAAACCACACUGGACGCAGCCCGCACAGCAGGUGUCUCCGAGUCGAAGCUGGAAGAGGCAGAACUGGUCUUGGGCCGCCUUUCCAGCCAGGAAGCCCUCGCCGAAGCGAUGGAGGCAGGGCGCGAGGCCCAGCUUCGCGAGGCCCUGGCAGCAGCCCGGGCUUGCGGCGUGGAAGAGGCCGCCCUCGCUGCUGCGGAGGCCCAGCUCUGUUCGCUAGCAGCCGAGUGCGAGCUGACGGCAGCCACCGAGCUGCUCAUUUCCCUCGAGGAGGCUGGGGCCGUGGACGAGGAGAGCGAGGUGGCCUUCGCAGCCGCGGUGCGCGAGGCUGCCACGGCCGGCGUCCGCGCCACCAUGAUCGCCGAGGCCGAGACUCGGCUGAACCGCUUGGUCGCGGCGCGCGAGGCGCAGCAAGGCGCUCGCCGUCCGGCAGCGUCCGAGCCCUCGCCGAAGCGGCGGAAGACCGAACCAGCGGAGGAUGGCGAUCUUCUGACGCAGUGGGCUCGGCGCACACUCGAGCUCUGCUUCCUGAAGUGCUGCAAGAAGCGAGCGGUGGAGGAAGAGGACUUCGACCUCGCCAUGCUCCUGAAGUCCCUGGAGCCCGAGGUCGUCGAGCGCGCGGAGCGCGCCAAGACGCUGUGUCAGGGUCCCGACACCUCGGGGGCUGCGGAUGCCACGCAGCUAGAGGAGGUUCGGCGGCAGAAGCGCGAAGCCGUCGAGCGAGAGGACUACGACCGCGCCGCCGAGCUGAAAGCCUUGGAGCAGCAGCUCCAAAGCGCCAGGCAGCUGGAGGAGGCCCACGCCUCCGCCGCGGCGGCGCGGCUGUUGGCGGAUUCCGACAUCGAGGAGCGGGUGAAGGGCUUCUUUCCGCUCCUGGCCGAGCAGGGCCGCAAGUGUCCGGAGCUUUGGGAGGUGGUUGAGGCGGAGCUGCGCUGA